AUGUGUAUUAAACCAUAUUCUUCAUUUCCCUCCCUAAAGCAGAACUGGGAAGAAUAUCGGCUUCAGUGUUUAAAGUAUCUCCGAGAAACACCCCCUCUUGUGGCAGAAGGCAAGUUUUGCAACAGGACUUUUGAUAACUAUGUCUGCUGGCCCGAUGGUAUUCCUGGCACCUAUGUGAAUAUGAGCUGCCCUUGGUAUUUACCAUCAGGUAGCUCGGAAUUACAUGGGCAAGUUUACCGUUUCUGCACACUGGAAGGGACAUGGCUGAUGGAGGAGAAUUCCACCAAUCCAUGGAGGAACAUUUCUGCAUGUAUGGCUUCUGAUGAAGACUCACCAGGAAGACGGUUGUUAUUCCUUUCUGUCAUCUAUACCACUGGAUAUGCUCUUUCUUUCUCAGCCCUUGUUAUAGCAACUGGCAUCCUCCUUUGGUUCAGGCAUCUGCAUUGUACCAGGAACUACAUUCACUUGAACCUUUUUACUUCAUUUAUCCUACGUGCUGUGUCCAUCUUCAUUAAGGACUCCAUGCUCACCUGGAUGUACAAGACAGCCCCUCGUCAACAGCAGUGGGAGAGUGUAAUUUCCUACCAGGAGUCACUCAGCUGCCGCUUGAUCUUCGUGAUGAUGCAAUAUUGUGUGACUGCAAACUAUUACUGGCUACUGGUGGAAGGAAUGUACCUGUAUACUCUACUAGCCCUCUCUGUAUUUUCAGAGCAAAGAAUCUUUCGACUUUACCUUUGUGUUGGCUGGGGUGUGCCAAUGCUGUUUGUAAUCCUCUGGGGAAUUGUCAAGUACCUUUAUGAAGAUGAGGGCUGUUGGAACAAGAAUCUGAACAUGAACUACUGGCUGAUCAUCAGGCUACCUAUUAUGGUUGCUAUUGGGGUGAACUUCCUGAUCUUUAUCAGAGUUAUUUGCAUUAUAAUUUCUAAGCUGCAAGCCAAUCUGUUGCGCAAAAGUGACAUAAAAUGCAGAUUGGCCAAAUCUACACUGACUCUGAUCCCACUUCUGGGGACACAUGAGAUCAUCUUUGCUUUUGUUACUGAUGAGCACGCCAAGGGGAUGCUGCGGUUUGUGAAGCUUUUUUUUGAACUCUCCUUCUCUUCUUUUCAGGGUCUUUUGGUGGCAAUUCUCUACUGUUUUAACAAUACUGAGGUUCGAACAGAAUUCCAGAAAAGCUGGGAACGAUGGAGAUUGGAACACUUUUAUGUCCAGAGAGACAACAGUAUGAAGCCACUUAAGUAUCCAGCCAACAGCAUUAGCAGUGGAGGUACAGUUGGAACCACUGUCUAUGCUGCUACUUGUCAAGUUACUACAUUCAACUAA